CCUCUCUCUCCCCAUUGGUACAGUCCGGUAGCUGAGGCUCUGUCAACAUGGCGCUGCCCUGUGGGCCGCUGCGGGCUGCCUGUCUCAGGACGGGUCCACUGCUCAGACAAUGGCCAAAAACCUCCCCACUAUCUGCAGCUGGCAUAGCAGCUCUCGUCCGGCCGCUGGCGAAUCCCUGCGCGUCCGGCGAUGUGCGACUUUUUUCUGCGUUGUGCUCCCCCCUCACCAGAUCCGUCCUUCUUCCAGCGUCACAUAGGCUCGCCCCCACCCAGGGCGGCUCCAUUCUCGGCAGCGUGACUCCGUUGCUUCCCGGCCUCCUUCAGCAGCCUUCGAGGACGGUCACGUAUAUAAGCCUCCGGAAGGGGAAGAGCAAGACUGUGCGGUCUGUAACCCAGCGCUUUAUGCGCCUGCACUGCGGCCUGUGGAUCCGGAGAAGGGCUGGUUAUAAGAAGAAGCUGUGGAAGAAGAAGGCGGCCCAGAAGAAGCGACUCCGAGAAAUCGUCUUCUGUAACAAAACCCAGAGCAAACUGCUGGACAAGAUGACCACCUCCUUCUGGAAGAGGAGGAACUGGUACUCCAACGACCCCUACCAGAAAUACCACGACCGCACCAACCUCAGAGUGUAGCCCCCCACCAUGUGCGCCCCUUACUGUGCAGUGUAAUAAAGUGCGUCUAAGCGGA